AUUCACCUUCACCGGUCACUAAGGUCCCCAAGGAACCACACCAGAAUGCCCAAUCCACGACUACUCGCUCUUCUCUACCUCAUAAUAGCUUUUGUGAUGCACUGCAAUUCCCAAGAGCGGAAGGUGCAUGUUGUAUACAUGGGGGAAAAACCAAGGGGCAGAAUUUUCGGGGCAUCCACACCUUAUGUCAUGCACUGCUCCAUGUUGGAAAAGGUUCUCGGAAGCACUGCAGCUGCAAAGGAGUCACUAAUUUACAGUUAUGGGAAGAGUUUUAAUGGAUUUGCCGCUAAACUAACAGAUGAAGAAGUUGCAAGAUUUGCGGAGAUUGAAGAAGUGGUGUCAGUUUUUCCUAACACGAUGUUUGAACUUCACACAACAAGAUCAUGGGACUUCUUGGGAUUUACUCGAUCCCAUGUUCGACGUUCUCGAGGAGGACAAGACGUAAUUGUUGGAAUAAUAGAUUCGGGAAUCUGGCCAGAAUCGGAUAGCUUUAAUGAUAAAGGUUUUGGCCCUCCACCUGCAAAAUGGAAAGGAACUUGCCAAACUAAUGAAAACUUCACCUGCAACAACAAAAUCAUUGGAGCUCGAUACUAUAACAGCCGAGAUGUCUAUUCUCCAGAAGACAUCCAAUCUCCAAGGGACUCACAGGGACAUGGUACACAUACUGCUGCAAUUGCAGCGGGUAUAAAGGUAUCCGGAGCAAGUUACUAUGGCUUGGCCAUGGGGAAUGCAAGGGGUGGAGCCCCAAAUGCGAGACUAUCUGUGUACAAAGUUUGUUGGUCUGGUGUUGGCUGCUAUGCUGCAGAUAUCCUUGCAGCUUUCGAUGAUGCAAUUGCUGAUGGGGUCGAUAUCUUAUCAAUUUCUAUUGGAGCACCAUAUGCAUUUCAAUAUUGGGAAGACCCAGUAGCGAUCGGAUCUUUUCAUGCAAUGAAGCGGGGGAUAUUGACCUCAGCUUCUGCUGGAAAUAAUGGACCAGACCGAGCAGUGGUCCAAAACUACUCACCAUGGUUACUAACUGUGGCAGCUAGCAGUAUUGACAGGAGAUUUGUGUCCCAAUUGGUUCUUGGAAAUGGACAGAUAUACACGGGAUCUGCUAUAAAUAGCUUUGAUCUCAACGGGACCCUAUUUCCUUUGACUUGGGGUGGAGAUGCUACAAACUACUCUGCCAAUUCCAUCUCCGAAAUCUCGAGUCACUGCUAUCCCGGCACAUUGGACUCCAAAAAGGUUGAGGGUAAAAUUGUUCUAUGUGAAGGGCGCUCAGAUGGUUCUGCUAUUAUCAUGGCAAAUGGAGUGGGUGUCAUAAUGCCCAGUCGACCCAUGGAUAACUUAGCUGCUCCUUUCCCUCUGCCUUCCACACUCAUCAGCACAGAAAACAUUACUGAAGUAUUCGAUUACAUAACAUCUUCCAAUAAUCCAGAAGCUACUAUAUUGGUAAGUGAGGAAGUAGAAGAUACCGUGGCUCCCACAGCUGCCUACUUUUCAUCUAGAGGUCCCAAUCCGAUUGCUCCCGACAUUCUCAAGCCUGAUCUCUCUGCACCGGGUGUUAAUAUCGUUGCUGCUUGGCCUCCCAUUGGACGUGCUUCAGUUUACGACCAGGAUACCAGGAGUACCAAGUACUUUAUAGACUCUGGAACAUCAAUUUCUUGCCCUCAUGCUAGUGGAGCUGCAGCUCACGUGAAGGCUGCUCACCCAAGUUGGUCUCCUGCAGCAAUCAAAUCCGCACUCAUGACCACAGCAUACAUGAUGGACCCAGAUAGGCACGAAAAUGAAGAGGAAUUCGCUUAUGGAUCUGGUCUCCUAAACCCUACGAAGGCUGUGAAUCCUGGGCUGGUCUUCAAUGCAUCUACUAGUGAUUAUAUCGAUUUUCUCUGCCACCAAGGCUACAACACGACAACCCUAAGACUAGUCACAGGUGACCGCAGUGUCUGUGAAAGCACCAAACCUGGUAGGGGUUGGCAUCUCAACUAUCCUUCCUUCGCCUUAGCCAUUGAAGAUGGCCACAAGAUCAGAGGCACUUUCAGAAGAACAGUGACAAACGUUGGCUCGCCAGACUCAACCUACUCUGCUUCCAUAGAUAUACCAGAUCCUCUGAUCCACAUCCACGUGAAACCGUCUGUUCUUUCGUUCUCUGCUGUUGGAGAAGAGAAAAGCUUCACUGUGAGGGUUAAAGGACCGUACCUAUCACAAAUGCCAAUUAUCUCAGGUUCUAUUGUUUGGAGUGAUGGUGUGCAUGGGGUGAGAACGCCACUCGUAAUUUACACAGUUCUCCCAUCAGCAUUAUCCAACAGUCACUCACAUCUAACAACAAAACCUUCGCCAACAAGUUCUUCAAUAUAUCACAAAAGCAGAAUCGUGAACCCAAAACGAGAUCUGAGGCUAUAUCGCCCACAUGUAGAAGUGGUACCAUAAAUAGAUGCAUCGUACCAAUAUCACCUCCCUGUUGUGCACUUUCAUCUGUUGCAAUGCAGUUCUGUAACAAUUCGAGAAUAUUUACCAUGUAUAUUCUUUAAUAAUCUAUUUUCAAGUGUGCAGAUUCGGGA